AGCCUGCUGUGGUCAAUCCCUGAAGAUGGCGGGCAGCAGGAGGCUAGCGAUGCGGUUGCUUUCUGGGUGCGCCUGGGUGCGCGGCUCAGACUCUGCCGUGCUGGGCCGCCUGCGUGAUGAGGCCGUGGUGCAUCCAGGCUUCCUGAGCCAGGAGGAGGAGGACACGCUAACACGCGAACUGGAGCCCCAGCUGCGGCGCCGGCGCUACGAGUACGACCACUGGGACGCGGCCAUCCAUGGCUUCAGGGAGACAGAGAAAUCCUGCUGGUCUGAUGCAAGCCAGGUCAUCCUGCAGCGGGUUCGGGCGGCUGCAUUUGGUCCUGACCAGAGCCUGCUAUCCCCAGUACAUGUGUUGGACCUGGAACCUCGGGGCUACAUCAAGCCUCAUGUUGACAGUGUCAAGUUCUGUGGAUCUACCAUUGCUGGCCUUUCCCUGUUGUCUCCAAGUGUUAUGAAGCUGGUGCAUACACAGGAACCUGAGCAGUGGCUGGAACUGUUGCUGGAGCCAGGGUCUCUCUAUAUCUUAAGGGGUUCAGCCCGAUAUGACUUCUCCCAUGAGAUCCUUAGAGAUGAAGAAUCAUUUUUUGGGGAGCACCGGGUUCCCCGGGGCCGACGCAUCUCAGUGAUUUGCCGCUCCCUCCCUGAGGGGAUGGGGCCAGGAAGGCCAGAAGAGCCACCUCCAGCCUGCUGACCUCCCACAUAUCCUCCAUAUUUGUGAAUAAAGUAGGGAAAAUGCUGUCAUGGGAUCUUCAAAUGACCGUCUGCCAGGGCUGGGGCUCUUAAGAGACGAUCAGGGUCUCAGGAUUCACAUAGCAUGGUGGCUGCCAGGGUGCACCUGAUCACACACACUCUUAAGGCCACGAGAAUAUCAUUUAUUGCAUCCACUGCUGAUUAAAAAAAAAAAAAAACUAACAAGCAAGCAAAGAAAGAAACAAAAAA